ACUUCACCUUGUUGUUGUUGGCCUGCUAAUGGCCUUACCUUAAUUUAUGAAAGCCAUGAAAAUUAGGAAAAAUUGCUGGUGUGAAUGUCAUCUUGCUUCUGCUAAACGCUGGCGAGCCGAACGGAAAAAGCGCAAUGCCCAAGCUAAUCGACUGCUUAUUGCACUGAUUAUCCUUGCUAAUAUUCCAAUUAGUCUGGUUGAAUCUGAAAUAUUCAGACGUUUUGUGAAUUAUUUGGCUCCUUGGUACCAAGUUCCUUGGAGGAAAACGUUCAACAAAAUCUUGGACCACACUUACAUCUCAGGGCAAAAAUUUAUGAAAAAAGAGUUAGAAGGGAAGACAGUCUCUUUAACUCUUGACCUGGCAACUGUUUUGAACUCAACAAGACAUUUCAUUGUUUGCUCUGUGCACUACCUGGCAGACCGCAGCUCAAACAUCAUGAAAUGUUGCACACUGUAUGUAAGCCAAAUGACGCAAAGGAGCACAUCAGCCGACAUCUGCAGGUCUUUGAACACAGCGUUAGUAGAGUUUGGAGUUGACGUGGACCAGGUCAUUUCGACUUGUACGGAUAGAGGUGCUAACGUCUUGAAAGCGUGCAAAGACCUAUUUGGAGAAAACAAGGUCACAUCUUGCGUUUGUCAUUUGGCUGAUAACGUCGUGCAAGAUUCUCUCUACUCACUACCUAUUGUUUACGCAUUAUUGAAAGACGUGAAACAAAUUGCUGGGUUUAUUAAGAGGAGUCCAACUGCAGCAAAUUUGCUGAGGACAUUCCAAAUGCAAACAGGGAAAACGUAUAGUGCUUGUCUUAUGCCUAUCCAAAGCGUAAGAACAAGAUGGAAUAGCACACUCGCAUGCAUCCGACGAUACAUCGAGCUUCAUCAUCAUAUAAAGAAAGUGCUAUCGCAUCCUUCCCUGAAUUCCUCUAAAACCAAACCACCUGGUGUGCCUGAUGUAGCGGUGGCGAGUCUGUCUGAAAUGGCCUCUGUACUCAUCCCAUUUGAAGAGCUCACGAAGACAUUUUCAUCGUCAACACGUAUGCGUAGCAGUGCUGUUGUCGCGUCAAUCAAAGGACUCAUUUUGAAAAUCGAAUCAACUAGUUUGACUGAACCAGUAGCAAAAAGCCUCAAAGAAAAGCUGCUUUUGAAACUCAACGAAAAAAAAGCAGCUAUUGAAGGAAACAAAGUUUUCUGCGCUGCAAACCUUGUUGACCCAAGGUAUUCCUCAAAACAAUUUUUUAAAAUAUUAAAUGCUUCACAAACUGAGAGUAAAUAGCUGCAAUUGAGCAAAUUAAAUUAACUGUUUCCUCA